AUGCAUAUUCUUGGUCUUUGCAAUGGUUCUCUCCAUGGAAACUCUGAGAUCCUGCUCAAAGCAGCCUUGAAAGCUGCUACUGACACAGAUUCGUCAAUUUCUGUAUCUUGGAUUCAUGUACCUUCAGUUGUGCUGCCACGGCAGCACCUACCCUUCAGGGAUGAUCCAUCUAUGGUACCGUAUCGCGAUGAUGGAAAAGAUCAACCAUCUGGCAAAGGAGAGCCCGACGACCGCGAGGCUGUCUUCAAAGCUAUCAUGGAUGCUGACGCCAUUAUCAUCGCCACUCCAGUAUACAGCCACCAGCCUGCUGGAACUCUCAAAGCUCUCGCGGACGCCAUACUCGGACCUUACGCCGAUGUAUCAAUGGCGUACGAUCUAAAGCGUCGACAGGAAAAUGGGGAUGAGUCUGUGAAACACUUGGAAGUUGAUCAGCGAGCCUUCAAGCCUCGUGUCGCUGGAUUUAUUGCGGUUGGUGCGUCGAACCCUGCAUUCCCUGAGCAGUGGACAAUGGCUCUGCCGACGUUGCAGACGUGUAUAUACCCCAUCCACUCCCGUGUGGUUGGCCAAGUUGUACUGUCUGGUUAUGCAAGCCCAGGAGCUGUAUUGGCGGAUUCUGGAACUGCUCUGGGCCGUGCUGAGCUCCUGGGCCAUCGUGUGGCAAGUCAGAUGGGAAAGCCCUACGACGAGGCACAGUAUCUAGGGCCCCAAGAGAGCGGCAGUUGUCCUUACUGCCAUCUGCUCAAGAUUGAAUUCCGCGAUGGAAACAAUGUUGUUUGCAUCACAUGUGGUGCAAAUGCUGUUCUGGAACGGGGACCUGAGGGCAAUGUUCGACCGAAAUGGGAGGAGGACUCAACUGUUAGUUGCAUGACACUGAAAGGUAAACUGCAACACAGAUAUGACAUCCGAGAUAAACUGAAGUUGGAGCAACUAAAGCUUGCAUCUAUUUCUUCUGCCUUUGCAAAGUGGAAGAGUUUGGAAUUCCCUCUGGUCCGUCUUCCAAGCCUCCAGGAAAGGAUUACAGGCCGUUUAUAA